AUUAAUGAAAAUAAAAUCGAUUGUGUUAGAGAUUAACAUCUGCAUAUGCCUGAGUGCAGCCUGGCCAGCAAGGGAGCACAGCUAUAAGGAUCUGUUUCUCCUUCCUCACUGCUGAUAGGGAAGCAAUGGUGAGAAUGAUACUACUCAUUCUGAACUGCUGGGGUGUGUUCUGGGCUAGGACCCCAUUGUCUGAAUUCAGGAGCAGAAAGAACUGAAGAGGCUGCCUGCAGGCCAGGGUUGCUAAGUGCACUGUUUAGUUUAGAAGUGCUUUUUAUCCUGAACCUCUUGACAAGCUGAAGUUCUGGUCACUGCCCCCAGCAAGGAGUGGGGGGAGAAGAGGUGGAAUUAAUUGAACCUAGAGGAAGGGCCUUUCAAGGGAGGAGCUAAGGCCAAAGAAGGAAGACGUCAGUGAAUCCUUUAAAUAAAGGACCCACACUGGUCCCAGGAAGUGCACAGGAAAAGCAGGCAGGAGGCUGGGCUGCUUCACUGCUUUCCUCCUCCUGCGUGUCCCAUCUUUGAGAAAGAGCCUGAGCCGAGGGAGAGAUGAUGGAGCCGGAGGAGUACAGAAAGAGAGGAAAGGAGAUGGUGGAUUACAUCUGCCAGUACCUGAGCACUGUGCGGGAAAGGCAGGUCACCCCAGAUGUGCAGCCUGGCUACCUGCGAACCCAGCUUCCUGAGAACGCUCCUGAGGAACCUGAUGGCUGGGACAGCAUCUUUGCGGACAUUGAGCGGAUCAUCAUGCCUGGGGUGGUGCACUGGCAGAGCCCCCACAUGCACGCCUACUUCCCAGCCCUCACUUCUUGGCCAUCCCUGCUGGGAGACAUGCUGGCUGAUGCCAUCAACUGCUUGGGGUUCACCUGGGCUUCCAGCCCUGUGUGCACAGAGCUGGAGAUGAAUGUCAUGGACUGGCUGGCGAAAAUGCUGGGACUCCCAGAGCACUUCCUGCACCACCACCCCAGCAGCCAGGGAGGUGGCGUUUUGCAGAGCACAGUCAGUGAAUCAACCUUGAUAGCAUUGCUGACUGCAAGGAAAAACAAAAUCCUAGACAUGAAAAUAUCUGAGCCUCAUGCUGACGACUCCUCCCUGAAUGCCCGACUCAUUGCCUACACUUCUGACCAGGCCCACUCCUCAGUGGAAAAGGCUGGUUUGAUUUCUCUUGUGAAGAUGAGAUUUCUACCUGUGGAUGACAACUUCUCCCUCCGAGGUGACACUCUACAGAAAGCCAUUGAGGAGGAUAAAGAUCGGGGCUUGGUGCCUGUCUUUGUCUGCGCAACUCUAGGGACCACAGGAGUCUGUGCAUUUGACUGCCUGUCAGAGUUGGGCCCUAUCUGUGCCAGGGAGGGGCUGUGGCUCCACAUCGAUGCUGCCUAUGCGGGCACUGCCUUCCUGUGCCCUGAGUUCCGGGGCUUUCUGAAGGGUAUCGAGUAUGCCGAUUCCUUCACCUUUAAUCCUUCCAAGUGGAUGAUGGUGCACUUUGACUGCACUGGGUUCUGGGUCAAGGACAAGUACAAGCUGCAGCAGACCUUCAGCGUGAACCCCAUCUACCUCAGGCAUGCCAACUCAGGUGCGGCCACUGACUUCAUGCACUGGCAGAUCCCUCUGAGCCGGCGGUUUCGCUCUAUUAAACUCUGGUUCGUGAUUCGCUCCUUCGGUGUGAAGAGCCUUCAGGCACACGUCAGACACGGUACUGAAAUGGCUAAAUAUUUUGAAUCUUUGGUCAGAAAUGACCCUUUCUUUGAAAUUCCUGCCAAGAGGCACCUUGGCCUGGUGGUUUUUCGUCUGAAGGGUCCUAAUUGUCUCACAGAAAGUGUGUUAAAGGAAAUUGCUAGAUCUGGCCGUCUCUUCCUCAUCCCAGCCACCAUCCAGGACAAGCUGAUCAUCCGUUUCACUGUGACAUCCCAGUUUACCACCAGGGAUGACAUACUGAGAGACUGGAACAUCAUUCGAGAUGCUGCUACCCUCAUCCUCAGUCAGCACUGUACUUCUCAACCUAGCCCUCGUGUUAGGAACCUCAUCCCACAAACUGGAGCCAUGGUGAGUGGGAUGCCCCUUCAUUCUGUCGGUGGGACAGGAGAUGACCCAGCCCAGGCUGGGAAGAUCAUCACGCAGCCUCAACAUGGGAAAGCCAGUCCUAUGAGAAGGGAUGACAGCCGCUAUCUUGAAACUCUGCUGGACCCACUUGAUGACUGCUUUUCAGCAGAAGCCCCCGAAGUCACCAAGCACAAGCUAUCCUCUUUCCUGUUCAGUUACUUGUCUGUGCAGAACAAGAAGAAGACGGUGCGUUCCCUCAGUUGCAACAGUGUGCCCGUGAGUGCUCAGAAGCCCCUGCCCUCAGAUGGCUCCAUGAAGAAUGGAGGCUCCUCCCGGGUUAGAAUUUUCUCCAGGUUUCCAGAAGAGAUGAUGAUGCUGAAGAAAAGUGCCUUCAAAAAAUUAAUUAAGUUCUACAGUGUCCCCAGCUUCCCUGAAUGCAGCUCUCAGUGUGGGUUCCAGCUGCCCUGCUGCCCUCUGCAGGCCAUGGUUUGAGCCAGGGAGGCUGUGAACCCCUCAAAAUUGUGUGCCAAAUUUAUGUGCUAUGUGUGUGUGCAUUUUUCUUGGAAGAGAUUUCAUAAUUUUUAUCAGAUUUUCCGGGGGAUUCAUAGCCCACUAUAGGCUACAAAUGAAGGGUUUAACCUAGCAUGUCCAGAAGGUUCCAGAAGGCUGGUCAGAGAAAGAGGUGAAGGUAGUGAGUGUACUGACAGGAAGCUUCUGUGGUUCAGCUUGUGACAUUAAAUACAAUGUACAAAUAAAUUGUGCUUGUCUCUGAAAAAGAGCAUAUCCUUGUGUGACUUAAUUAACCCCUGAAGCAUUAAUUAACCUAAAUGGAGGGUAUAGAGUUUCUUAGGGCUGUAUCAAAGGACCAAAAAUCCAGUGGCUUAUAAGAACAGAAAUUUAUUGUCUCAUAGUUCUGGAGGUGGGGAGUCUGAAUUCAGAGGGUCAGCAGGGCCAUGAUCUAGGGGAGGAGCCUCGCCUAUUUUCUCUGCCUUCUGGUAUCCCCAGGAAUUCGUCUCGCAGUGACCGUAAAACUCCAUCAUCACAUGGCUGUCUUCCCUCUGUCUCUCCACAUCUCUUUUAUAAAGAUACCACUCCAAUUGAAUUAGGCCCACCCUACUCCAGGAUGACCUCAUGUUAAAUAAUAACAUCUUCAAAGACCCUAUGUCCAAACAAGGUCACUUUCACAGGUACCAAGGAUUAGGACUUCAGCAUACCUUUUU